AUGUCCGGUCCAACUCUUCUCGAUUCCCUCUUCCAACGUUCAUUAGAAGACUUGAUCAAAGGUCUCCGUCUCUACGUCGGCGACGAAUCCACCUUCAUUUCAAAAUCCCUCGACGAGAUCCGCCGCGAAAUCAAAUCCACCGAUCCCCAAACCAAAUCCAUCGCCCUUCAAAAACUCACUUACUUACACUCCAUCCAUGGCGUCGACAUGUCUUGGGCUUCUUUCCACGCUAUCGAACUCUCCUCUUCCCACUCUCUCAAUUUCAAACGCGUUGCUUAUCUCGCCGCUUCUCUUUCCUUCGAUCCUUCCACCACUGACGUCAUCCUAUUGCUCACUAAUCAGCUUCGGAAAGACCUCCAGUCCCCGAAUUCGCAUGAAGUAAGUCUCGCUCUUAAUGCUUUGUAUUUCAUCGCUACUCCCGAUUUAGCACGGGAUUUAACUCCCGAGGUUUUUAUUUUACUCAAUAGUAAUAAAGGUUCUACUAGGAAGAAGGCGAUUGCCUUGAUUUUGAGGUUGUUUGAGUUGUAUCCCGAUGCCGUUAGGGUUUGUUUUAAGAGAUUGGUGGAAAAUUUGGAGAAUUCUGAUCCGGGUAUCGUAUCUGCUGUUGUGGGUGUUUUUUGUGAGCUUGCGAGAAAUGAGGCGAAGUCGUAUCUUCCGUUAGCGCCCGAGUUUUAUAAGAUACUUGUGGAAUCUAGGAAUAAUUGGCUGUUGAUUAAGGUUUUGAAGAUUUUUCUGGAGCUGGCUCCGUUGGAGCCGAGGUUGGGGAAAAGGUUGGUGGAGCCGAUUUGUGAUCAUUUGAAGAGAACGGGUGCAAAGUCGUUGGCUUUUGAGUGCGUGAGGACUAUUGUUACUAGUUUUAGUGAGUAUGAGUUUGCUGUGAGGCUUGCUGUUGAGAAGAUUAAGGAGUUUUUGAAUGAUGAUGAUCCGAAUCUCAAGUAUCUUGGUUUGCAAGCGCUUACUAUUGUUGCGCCUAAGCAUUUGUGGGCAGUCAUGGAGAAUAAGGAUUUUGUGAUAAGAUCGUUGAGUGAUGCGGAUGCAAAUAUUAAACUUGAGGCCUUGCAGCUUGUUUUGGCCAUGGUUUCUGAAGAUAAUGUGAUGGAUAUUUGUAAGGUUUUGAUUAAUUAUGCUCUUAAGUCAGACCCAGAAUUUUGUAAUGAGAUUCUGGGAUGCAUCUUGUUGGCUUGUUCGAGAAAUGUGUAUGAGAUAAUUGUGGAUUUCGAUUGGUAUGUAUCACUUCUUGGGGAAAUGACGAGAAUUCCACACUGUCAGAAGGGGGAGGAAAUAGAGAAUCAGCUUGUGGAUAUAGGUAUGAGAGUCAAAGAUGCAAGACCACAACUUGUUCGAGUAGGCCGUGAUUUGCUAAUUGAUCCUGCAUUGUUUGGCAAUCCUUUCGUGCACAGGAUUUUAUCAGCAGCUGCUUGGGUGUCAGGGGAGUAUGUUCGAUUUUCAAAAAAUCCAUCAGAACUUGUGGAAGCACUGCUGCAACCAAGAACCAGCUUAUUGCCAUCAUCAAUAAAAGCUGUAUAUAUCCAGUCUGCAUUCAAAGUACUUACCUUUUAUGUGCAUCACUAUAUUUCUACCAAGGGAGUUAUUUCUUCAGCUUCCCAAGGAGUGGAAGAUCUGAUGCAUGGAAGGGUACAGGAGAAUCCUCAGUUUGUAAGAACUGGACCGGUUGCUGAUAGUGAUACAGAUGAUGGGGGUUUGAAUCCCAUGAUGUUACAUCGACCUGUUAGGGAUGUUUCAGUAGAGAGUUUUGAGGAUAUGUCUGUUGCUCAUGAGUGGAUUUAUGCUUUCCAUGUACUUCUAUGUUUCUUCUCCUUACCACGAGAAUGGCGUUUGCUUCUUCUCAAACUUGCAUUUUCAAGUUCAGAAUCUCAUUACAAAACUCCGGGUCCAACUUAA